CGCCGGGCCGUGGGCAGCGCCGCCUACCAGACGGAGGGCGGCUGGCGGCAGCACGGCAAGGGCGCUUCCAUCUGGGACACGUUCACCCACUCUCCCCCAGCGCUCUCGGGCGACCCCGCGGUCGCCGACCUGCCUUUGGGCGCUCCGUCGCCACCUCCGCCCGCCACCGGCGACGUGGCCAGCGACGGCUACAAUAAUGUUUUGCGCGACACGGAGGGGCUGCGGGAGCUCGGGGUCACUCAUUACCGCUUCUCCAUCUCGUGGGCGCGGGUGCUCCCCAACGGCAACACCAGUGCCCCCAACCGCGAGGGUCUGCGCUACUACCGGCGCCUGCUGGAGCGGCUGCGGGAGGUGGGCGUGCAGCCCGUGGUCACCCUGUACCACUGGGACCUGCCCCAGCGCCUGCAGGACGCCUACGGCGGCUGGACCAACAGCGCUCUGGCCGACCACUUUAGGGAUUAUGCCGAGCUCUGCUUCCUCCACUUCUGUGGCCAGGUCAAGUAUUGGAUCACCAUCGACAACCCCUACGUGGUGGCCUGGCAUGGCUAUGUCACCGGGCGCCUGGCCCCUGGCGUGAGGGGAGGCCCUCGACUCGGGUACCUGGUGGCGCACAACCUCCUCCUGGCUCACGCCAAAGUUUGGCAUCUCUACAAUACUACUUUCCGUCCAACCCAGGGAGGUCAGGUGUCAAUUGCUCUAAGUUCUCACUGGAUCAGUCCUCGGAAAAUGACCAACCAUGGCAUCAAAGAAUGUCAAAAAUCUCUUGACUUUGUACUAGGCUGGUUUGCCAAACCCAUCUUUAUUGAUGGUGACUAUCCUGAGAAUAUGAAGAUUAAUCUUUCAUCUCUUCUUCCUGGUUUUACUGAAUCUGAGAAAAAGUUAAUCAAGGGAACAGCUGACUUUUUUGCUCUUUCUUUUGGGCCAACCUUGAGUUUUCAACUAUUGGACCCUCAUGUGAAGUUCCGCCAAUUGGAAUCUCCCAGCCUGAGGCAAUUGCUUUCCUGGAUUGACCUUGAAUAUAAUCAUCCUCAAAUAUUCAUUGUGGAAAAUGGCUGGUUCGUCUCAGGGACCACCAAGAGAGAUGAUGCCAAAUAUAUGUAUUACCUCAAAAAGUUCAUAAUGGAAACUUUAAAAGCUAUUAAGCUGGAUGGGGUCCAUGUGAUUGGCUACACAGCCUGGUCCCUCAUGGAUGGCUUUGAGUGGCACAGAGGCUACAGCAUCAGACGAGGACUCUUCUAUGUUGACUUCCUAAGUCAGGAUAAGAAGUUGCUGCCAAAGUCUUCAGCCUUGUUCUACCAAAAGCUGAUAGAGAAAAAUGGCUUCCCUCUCUUACCUGAAAAUCAGCCCCUAGAAGGGACAUUUCCCUGUGACUUUGCUUGGGGAGUUGUUGACAACUACAUUCAAGUAGACACCACUCUGUCUCAGUUUACCGAUCCCAAUGUGUAUGUAUGGGAUGUCCACCACAGUAAGAGGCUCAUUAAGGUGGAUGGACUUGUAACCAAGAAGAGGAAAACUUACUGUGUUGACUUUGCUGCCAUUCGGCCCCAGAUUGCCUUACUCCUGGAUAUGCACGUUACACAUUUCCGCUUCUCUCUGGACUGGGCCCUGAUCCUUCCUCUGGGUAACCAGUCCCAGGUGAAUCACACCAUCCUGCACUAUUAUCGCUGUGUGGUCAGUGAGCUGGUCCAUGUCAACAUCACUCCUGUGGUGGCUCUGUGGCAACCAGCAGCACCGCACCAAGGUCUGCCUCGCCUCCUGGCCAAGCAUGGAGCCUGGGAGAACCCACACACUGCCCUGGCUUUUGUCGAGUAUGCCAGACUGUGCUUUAAAGAGCUCGGCCAUCAUGUCAAGUUUUGGAUCACAAUGAAUGAGCCAUAUACACGGAACAUGACAUACAGUGCAGGGCAUAAUCUUCUGAAGGCCCAUGCUUUAGCUUGGCAUGAGUAUGAUGACAAGUUUAGGCAAGCUCAGAAAGGUAAAAUAUCCAUAGCCUUGCAGGCUGAUUGGAUAGAACCAGCCUGCCCUUUCUCUCGAAAGGACAAAGAAGUGGCUGAGAGAGUUUUGGAAUUUGACGUUGGCUGGCUGGCUGAGCCCAUUUUUGGGUCUGGAGAUUAUCCAUCUGUGAUGAGAGACUGGCUGAACCAAAGAAACAAUUUUCUUCUACCUUAUUUCACUGAACAGGAAAAAAAGCUAAUUCAGGGUUCCUUCGACUUUUUGGCAAUAAGCCACUACACUACCAUCCUUGUAGACUGGGAAAAAGAAGAUCCAGUAAAAUAUAAUGAUUACCUAGAAGUACAAGAGAUGACUGAUAUUACAUGGCUCAACUCUCCCAACCAGGUGGCAGUGGUGCCCUGGGGCUUACGUAAAGUGCUGAACUGGCUGAAGUUCAAAUAUGGCGACAUCCCCUUGUAUAUAAUAGCUAAUGGAAUUGAUGAUGAUCCUCAGGCCGAGCAAGACAAAUUGAGAGAGUAUUAUAUACAAAAUUACAUAAAUGAGGCACUGAAAGCCUACAUAUUGGAUGGUAUCAAUCUGUGUGGCUAUUUUGCCUAUUCAUUUAGUGAUCGAACAGCUCCACAGUUUGGCCUUUAUCGCUAUGCUGCAAAUCAGUUUGAGCCCAAACCGUCCCUGAAAAAUUACAGGAAAAUUAUUGACAAUAAUGGUUUUCCAGGCCCUGAAACUCUGAGAACAUUUUGUCCGGAAGAAUUUACUGUGUGCACUGAAUGCGGCUUUUUUCACACACGAAAAGCUUUACUGGCUUUCAUAGCUUUUGUAUUUCUUGCUUUUAUUAUUUUUCUUUCUCUUAUUUUUUACUACUCUAAGAAAGGCAGAAGAAGUUACAAAUAGUCUGAACAUUUUCCUAUUCAUUUAAAAAUAUAAUUAUGCACACAUAUCAUCUGUUAACCAUUUGCACUUCUGUAUUGUGAUACUAAAUUUCAUACAUCUGCUUUCUAGAAAACCUUUUUGUGGUGUAGGUCAGAAGUUUUGAAAUCGGCAUAGAUGAUUACAAAAUGGGUAAUAUGCAUAGUGCCUGAAUUUGUUCACUUUUUGGAUGAUUAAAAAGCUGACAGGAACCUUAACUUCUGUAGCACACUCUGUAAUAAAGGCCUGAAAAGUGGUAACCAUAUGAAUGCAGCAUUGUACAGAAAUUUGAAUGAUUAGAAAUAUUUGUAUUUAUACCCAUUCCUGAACUUAAUGCUUUUCUUGAAGUAAUAAUUGCAGGCAUUAAAAUAAAAGAAUUAAGUCCUGAAUCACCAGCUCUCAA